CGGCAAAUAAGUUAAUUAUAUUCAUUUUUUUUAAAUCAGUUAAAUAUCUAUGGAAGAAACACAUUAUAUUGAUGCUGAUCAUUGUGGAUCAAAGCCUAAAGACAAAUUAAAAAGCGUUUCAUGAAUAGUAAGGCAAUAAAAUAGAAGCGUGAAUAAAAAAUCAAUAAAAAAAGUAAUUUUAGGGUUAGGGAUACUUAUACUUGUAGUCUGUUGUAAAUAGUAGUUUUAAAAGAGAUAAAUCAUAAACAUAUUGAAUUGUUUUUUUCAAAUUCUGAUAACUAUUUCUCUUAAUUUAACAUUAUUUAAAUUAUUUUGUAACUGAAUGAUGGCUGAUUUCCUGUAAAGUGUAAAGAAGGUUCAAUUCUAAACUCUGGUUUACAUUUACACAGACUCGGGUAAUACAUGUAGUGCAAAUCUGGAGAUAUGAACUAUUUCGUGGAUUAUCAUCCCUGGAUAGCACUGCUGUUGUUCUUAUGUAUACCUUCAAGUAAGUAUUCAUUACGCUUUUUUAUUGAUUACAAAAAAAUUAUUUUAGCAUACCCUAAUAAAAUGAAUAAAUUUACUAAUUUUUCAGAUUUUUCAUGCCGUCUUAUGAUAUUGAUAUACAAAUAAUAUAAUACUAUAAUACUACUAAUAAAAUAAUAGGGCUUAACCGGUCGUAGUUUUUUACACCGGGUCCGGGUAUUUUGAGACAAUGCCCGGUGAGUCCAAGUGUUACGAAAAAAGAAAACUUCUCAUUUUAUAUAAUAUUUGCUGGCCUACAGACAUUCCUGCACUAGGGUGACCAAACGUCCCUUAAAAACGAUUGUCCCGUUUUUUCACGAUCGUACCCGGUGUCCCGAAAAAGUCUCUCGGGGUGCCUAAAUUUCCCGUUUCUAAAACUAAACACAUUUUCUGUUCUAGUUUUGACAACUUUUUAUUAGAUAAGAAGGAGGUUUUAACAAUGGCUGGGAUAACAGUCAAAUAUCCUCAAUGUAAAUCCUAGACUAGAGAAAUUUAAUUUGUUGUGUUGUAUUAUGUUGUAAAUAUGUAUACAUAAAUAAGUAAUUCACUGCAAAAUUAUUGUUUUCGUUUAUUAUAUGCCCCUGAGUAAAUUAAUUUAAUUUAAAAAGUGAAGGUAAAUUUUAAAAAAGAUUUCUAGGUCUCCAAAUAGUUAAAAAGAGCGGCCCUUCUUAAGCUGGAGGGUAUCCCCCCCCCCCCCAAAAAAACCCUCCUUGGGUGUGUCCCGUUUGUUCCAGUUCAUGAUUUGUUCACCCUAUCCUACAACCUACCUGCCGGCAUUUAAACUUAAAAAGUGAAGGUAAAUUUUAAAAAAGAUUUCUAGGUCUCCAAAUAAUUAAAAAGAGCGGCCCUUCUUAAGGUGGGGGGUAUCCCCCCCCCCCCCCAAAAAAACCCUCCUUGGGUGUGUCCCGUUUGUUCCAGUUCAUGAUUUGUUCACCCUAUCCUACAACCUACCUGCCGGCAUUUAAACAAUAGUCCUAACAAGUCCCACGCAAUACCUGUGGCUCUUUAUUGAUUGAUACAGUCGCCUCCCCCUAAAGAAAUGUUUAUUACCUGAGUUCAAACGUCAGGCCUGGCAGCCUUUGUUUCACUCAGUACUGUUUAUAUAAAACGUGGAGUUGGAGAAGGGCCGGUUUCGAAGAGGAAGAAGAACAUACCAAAAGCAAUAUAUAUAUAAGCGAUGGGCUUCACCUAAAAGGUAGUAAGGGUUGUUUUAUAUAAAUUAGAAUGCUAUUUAAAAUUUAAAAUCUUCGUUUGUUUUUGUUUUUUUGAACUUUUUUUUCCGAACAAAAUCAGGAUGGUAAUAUGCAAACGAAAGAUUUAAAAUGGCGUUAGGUUUCAUGUUUCAAUUAUUUUAUUAAAUGUAUUAAUCAUAUCCAUUUCGCGUUGAUUACCUGGAGAGCCAUCGCGUGGGCCCUUUAACCCCUGCCGUUACACUGGGACCUCUUAUAUUUUAGGGUCUAAAGUUGAGAUGAUGAAAAAAAUUCAACUAUUAACUUUGAAUGCAGUGGGCAAGAAAACAAAAAUUGGCAGUGGACCUCCAAAAGUCUCGUGACGGCUCUGGUGAGGGUUUCGUUACCCUAAAACAUAAUUAUUGUGCUAUUUGUAAUAAUACCGUAUUAUAAAACGCGAAUUUCAUACCGUAAUUUUACGCGAUAUCUUGUGGACUUUGUGCAAACAUUUAACUAACUUAGUAAUAACUAAUAACAAUGGAUAUUAAUAUGAUGAUUCAAAAGAAAAAAUAUCUAUGAGACUCUGCAAGAGUUUGGCAUACCCAAUAAAAUGACAAAACUGAUACAUGUAACAUUCAAAAACUGAAGAAGCAAAAGGUUCAGAGAGAAUAUUCAGGGUAUUUCAAAUUAGACGACGCCUAAGACAAGGAGACUCACUUGCAUGAAUGCUAUUUAAACUAACAGAGAGAGUUAUAAGAAACAUACUUAUUGAAACCAGAGGAACAAUAACAGUAUACUUUCUGAGGGAGACCCACGACCCAUAACCAAUGGGAAGUGUCUUCAAUCAACCCCUUCAGGAUAACAUUGUACUGUUAAGGAAAAGGAGUUAAGACAUAUCAGAAACCGUUAUUGAAUUAGAAGAUGCAUCACUAAAAAAUGAAGAAGUAAGUUUACAAACAUAUAGUCCUUUCAAUUAUCUUUCAUUUGAUACCUCAUUUGGUCUUACAAACCCAAAAAUAAAAUUUUAAAUCGUUUUUUAAUCCCAACCUCUCACUUCUUGUACCCGGGUACGAAUAGCCACUUCGUAUUGAAAAAUCUAGUUUGAAUAUGUUUUUUUUUUUAAAUUUCCAAGUAUCUACCCUAUUUGAACACCUUUUUCAUGAAAUCGCUGUAAUGGUAGCUUGACUUAUCUAUCAAUGAGGUCGUGACUUAAAACAAUGAAGAAUAUGUGUACUGGAACUAUUGAGCGUAAUAAUUCAGCUCAUUUAAGUAGAUUUUACAGGUACUGGCUUAUAGCGACAAUUAGUUAAAAUUUGUGACUUGUUGAAAUUUUAAAGACAAGAAAUUAUGUUCUAAAUGUGUUUACCGGCUAUUUCCCGUGGUAGUAAACUUUCCCGGAAAGUCCUUUGUUUACUUAUAAUUGUGCGAGAAAUAUGUGAAAUAAGGUAUGGGAAAUCCUGAGAAAUGACCCAACUAAACAACUAAUGUGUCGUGUUGGCAAGAAGCCAUCGUCAGAGAUCAGUGCAAAAAUCAAGUAAUACAAUUAUAAAAAAUUAAAGCUUAGCUGAGAUUUUUAAUCCGAGAGGACAGCAAGAGGAAUGUAUUAGACCAUACGUUUAAAGAGGCAAAGGGGAGAGGAAGAGAGGAAAAGUUAGUCCACGGCGAUUGGUUGUAAAAAGUGAGUAGUGGAGAAAGAAUUUAACAAAUGUAGUCGAUGGAGCCCUUGUGGUUGCUUCUAUUGAAGUUUUUUUGAGUUAGGACAUUGUUUAUCGUGCGUAAUAUUUCGAUGGGGUUCAGUACAUUUGUUUGAUAGACGCCGACCAGCCUCGCUCAGAUGGCAGCGGGUACUAACAAUGGCGUAGAUCAGCGUUCCCGAAAUGUUGGACCCGCGUCGGUCCGUGAGCCUAACCUUGCUGGUCUCCACAACAUUAUUCAAGAAACUGGGGUGGUAGUUACAUGAUUCAAUCUCGUUUCAAAACAAAUGUCAAAAAUCGAGAUUCUCUUUAGAGUAAAAUAUACUCCCGUGACGCUAUGUGCCAGGUUAAAAUGUUAAGAAAUUAAACUUAUCAAUUAAAAAAUGACUCAAAGCAAGUCCAAACCAUUAUAAUGAAAAUGCUUUGUCGUUACAAGUUACAAGACUAUGCCUAAAAUGGCAUACCCAAUUAAUGUUUUUUUUGUGGAAAAAAUGGGGAGGCCAGAUCAUACUCACAACAGUUGAACACGGCGAAUGAAUCCCGGUCCCUGGUGCAAUAGGAAACUUGUCCACAAGUCUGCCAAAUUUAAAUGUUUGGGAAACGCUAGCGUAGAUUACAUAACGUUGCGGCUUGUGCAAAGGAAACCGUCCCUUAACUAAAGACUUCCCUUAGGGAAGGAAAUGUAUAGAUGACAGAAGCGCAAAUUAUGCAAUUGUUGCGUCCACAUGACUUGAUCCUAAAGUGGGAGGGGUGGCUACGAAGAAGGAGAUCCCGUGUAUUCUAAUCUCGUCUGAACACAAUGAGAGGCGGUUGAGAAAAUGUUGUGGGUGUGAAGAACGGUGGGGAAAACGGCACUGUUUUUAAAGAAAAAAUGUUGACUACUGGAUUGUGGGAAUGCAAUGUAAGAAUGAUUUUGGUCGUGUCACCAUUAUCACUUGGACAAGACCUAAAGGCAUCAGCGUGAGUGAUAUGUUUAACAUGUUGAAGGCUUCAUGAGUGUCCAGUUUCCGGGGACUACCUCCAUCGCAAAGAGUGCCUUGUCCUCAAUUCCUAGUUAGAUUGGCAACGUCAACGAAGAAGAAGUAGUUAAGAAAAGGGAAUAGAGUCCUCAGAGGAUUUAGGUUAGGAAGAAGAAUGGAGUAAAUAACUGGCUGUCCUAAGUAUUCUAAAUUUGUCAGAGGUGAGCAGGCUGUCUUUGUGAAGGGUGACCGUAAUGUGCUAAGAAUUCUAAAGUUGUCAGAGGUGAGCAGGCUGUCUUUGUGAAGGGUGACCGUAAUGUCCUAAGAAUUCUAAAGUUGUCAGAGGUGAGCAGGCUGUCUUUUUGAAGGGUGACCGUAAUGUUCUAAGAAUUCUAAAGUUGUCAGAGGUGAGACGGCUGUCUUUGUGAAGGGUGACCGUAAUGUCCAAAGAAUUCUAAAGUUGUCAGAGGUAAGGAGGCUGUCUUUGUGAAGGGUGACCGUAAUGUCCUAAGAAUUCUAAAGUUGUCAGAGGUGAGCCGGCUGUCUUUGUGAAGGGUGACCGUAAUGUCCUAAGGGUUAACCGAAGUCGUGCAUGAUCCGUGCACAGAAAACCCUAGUCCUGACUCACUGGUCUCAUUGUCUAAUUAAAGGAAAUAAUUGUAUCAUUCUGAUUUCAAUAAAGAAAACCGGACAUUUUUCUUUUUUUCAUUUUUUUUUCCAUUCAUUUUCAAUCAAUUUGUGAUUCGAUUUACCCCGGUGCGCCUUAUAUCUACUUCGUGCUUGCCUGGCACACAUUGACCUUGCUUUCACAUUGCAGUAAAGGCUAGAUAUUCGAAAGAAAACCUUAAAAAACUAAGGUAAUUUAACAUGUUUUAAUCACAAAAUUUCAAAUUAAUAAACUGAGAAUUCGUAGCAUAGAACAUCAAGUUUUUAAAAAUAUUUUUUAUAUAUAGCUUUUCACAUGACAGUUAUAAAAGUUGAGCGAAAUUUUCUUGUGCUUAGACUGAAUUAAAUGGUAUUCUUUGUGCAGUUCAUCUACAUCUCGAGUUUUUUUGUUCUGUUUUGAAUAUCCAAACAAAAGCUAGCAAGGUCCAAAUGUGCAUUGUUGUCUAUUCGAUCGGUUUGCUUUCACUAUGCAUUGGCGAGACGUGCACACAAUAACCAUUGUUUCAUUAACAACCUUCAAAUUGGUAGAAAAUCUUCUGACCACUGGCUGUUUGAACUUAUUGGUAGAAAUACACAGCAGACUUAUUGACGAAGCAAAGGGGCUGCAUCCCUCCCUGUUCGUGUCUUGGGUUUUACUUGCAGAUCCCAGGAUCCCACGCCAUUUUUAGUCAGCAAAAGUCUUCCGGGUACAAAGGUAUAGAGUCAAAUGAUUUUUUUUUUUUUUUAAAUUUCAGCGAUUUAAAGAUUGUCCCAAAUUGUUGCUAUGAUCAGUAAAAAAAUUUAACGGCGCUCAAUAAAACAUAAUAGCUCUAGUACACAGGUUCUCGUGCGUUUUCAAUUCACAGCCGGCCCUUAUAUAUAUAUAGAAGCAAAGUGACACUUAACUGCGAUAAAUUGAAAGAAAUGCUUUAAAUAUGGGACAUUCUUUGAAAACUAGAUAUUUCAAUAUAAUAUAAUCGUAAUUAACUAGAUGUUUAGUGCCAUGAUUGAAAUUGCAACUCAAAUUUCAAGCAAUCCAAUUUCAAAAGAAAACUAUUCAAAAUCACUGUUUAAUUUUCUCUUAGUCUGUUAUUUCAGCCUGCUGCUCCCCAGAAAUGCAUUCGCACCCCAUUUGAGGUCACGUAUCAAGAGCUGUGAACCAGUGCACUAUUAACUAAUUAUACCAGAAUUUUAUGUGUUAAACUAAACAACCUUUAUCUUAUGCAUUUUUUAAAAACGUUUAAAUUCAACCUAUUAAUACAUAUAUAUAUAUAUAUAUAUAUAUAUUAUAUAUAUAUAUAUAUAUAUAUAUAUAUAUAUAUAUAUAUAUAUAAUAUAUAUAAAUAUAUAUAUAUACUUGUAUUAACUUUUUUAAAUUAGAAACGAAUCGAUUGUUACGAGUUUUUAGAAACAAUUGCUUGUAAACAUUUCUUGAUGGAUUUGAGACAAGAAUGGGCGUCAUGUUAAUGCAACACUCAUAUAAAGUGUAAAAUAUAUAAAAUGAGUAAAACAAGGUAGGGUUAAACCUGAAAAAAGUAAAGCUACAAAACAACGUUGCUUUGUUGUGCUUCUUUUUUCAGGUUUAACCCUAAUUUGUUUGACUCAUUUUAUAUUGUGCUAACCCGAUUGCAGUCUCUCCCCUUAUUACCCAAUAAAGUGUAAAGGUGUUUUUGCUACAGAUGAUUAUAUCCGACUUUUGCUUAUUAUGAGCUUGUUAUAUAGUUAAUAAAAGGGCUAAGCAGGGAGAAAUAAAGUAACUAGUAGCAAAUGAACAAUUCCUAAAGUCACCUUAACAUGGUUUUUUAGUCCUUAGAAAAAAGCUAUUAAGUAAGGAUAAUUAAAACCAACUCUUGUAUAGUUUAGAUAAGUUAAUAAUAUUUUUUAAGUGAAUUUAUUUUUCGGGACACCGGGAUGAGAGUGACUUUUGUCCCGUUUCCCCGGGAUAAGCAAAAAAAAAAAAAAAAAAAAAAAAAUUUUUGCCCCGUUUCCCCGGGAAAAAAAAAAAAAAAAAAAAAAAAAAAAAAAGAAGACGGGAAAUCAGAAACUCUGUUCAUGACGUAAUUCGGUAUGAGCUCGGCGUAGUUGUGCUAUUUGCACACGAAUUCAUCCCACAGAAACCCUUGCGCAUCUCGCAUUUGAAAUAUUUGCUUUAUUUCAAGGAAUUUCGUUUAAGAAAUAGAUCCAUGCCGGGGGAUAAUUUAUGUCAAGAAAAGCGCAGGGAAAUAUCAAAGUACGCUAUUUCCAGAUUCACUCACACGAUAUGAGGUUUCCUUUGAAAUAGCUUAAUCCUUCCAUGCUAACUCUUUUUAUUCCAUUCAUCAGUUAUCUGACACACAAACCGCAGAAUUUAAUUCUAACAUUACUGUUGGUCAGUGGCGUAACUAGGGUCAUCUGCGCCCGGGGACAUGACAUAAAGUCUGCGCCCCUUCUUGGACCGACAGAAUCUGGGGGCUCAGUCUGAGCCCCCAAGAAAAUUUUGAAAUUUUACGGUUUAUAUGGUUCAUUUUCGAAGCAUCUGGUAUUUUAAUGAAAUAGAAUACAGAUUAAUAAUUCUCUUUACGAUUGCAAACAAUUAAUUUGAAAAAAAAAAUAAAAUAUACUCUAUUAAUUCUACAUGACUGGAAAGACAUAGUCUACAACAAAUUGAUCCUCAUUGAUUUGAGUGUUGCAAACUCGUCAAUCACGUUGUCAAAAUCAAUAUUCUCAAUUGUCUCUCUUUCGAUGCUAAGAAGUGCAAGAUCACUCAGACGAUCUUGUCCCAUUGAAGCACGUCAAUAAGACAAAAUAAGCUUCAGUUUGCUGGAGGACCGCUCACAGCUUGCAAUUGAAACAGCAAUUGUUAUAAGUAUUUGCAGUGAAAUGCGCAGAUUCUGAAAUACGUCAUCUCCAUAUGAAACGAUAAAACCAAGAAGAUCCAAAACAGUUUCCGGUAGAACUUCAGUCCGGAUACUGAGCAGCAUUUUGCAGUCUCCGAUUUCUGUGCACAAUUCGUGACCAUUGACGUCAGUGUCGUAGAAAUUUCCAAAAUCGAAGCAAUUUUGACGAAGUGUAUCGACAUUUGUCUCAGCGAGAAGAAUUUUGACGUCUAGUAAAAAUCCAAAUUUCGUGUUUAGCUUUUAUAGACAUAAAAACCGUAUGGAUAUCUCCUGUUGGAGUCUAUCAAUUACGCUGUUCAUAACACGUGCAAUUUCUUCUUCUGCAGAAAGUCCUGCAUCUCUUGCUAAUUCUCUAGGCAUCCUCUGAUGUCGUCUAAUCCUUCUGUCAACCUCGAUUCCCCAAGUUGUGCAUUUUGUUAUUCCAUUGUCUACCGCAACCUGGCUCAAAUUAUCACUAAAGUUGACAAGUUCUUGCUCCAGCGAUUCAAGAUCAGAUGCUGCUUCCUUGAAAUUCAUAGUAGGAUCCUGCAACCGUUACUGGACGCGAUCAAUUUUCCAAAGUAUGAUGUUCCAGAAAUGUAACAAAACUAGGAAGUUAAAGUUUAAUAUACCUGCAAGCAAAGUUUCUGUAUCACUUCUGGUUUCAGGCGUCAUAGUUGCAUCUUCUGAUAAUUUUUCCAACAGCCCUACUAGUUCAUCUAGUCCUUCAUAAAUAGCUUUAACAGCUUCUGAUCGUGCACUCCAGCGUGUUUCAGACUCCCUCUUCACUGUGAUUGGCACAACUCUUUUUAAUUCUCCCCAACGAGUUGUUGAACGAGAGAAAAACAAAUAUAUACUUUCAACUAUUCCAAAAAAUGUGAUAGCAACUGGAUCCUGUUUAGCUGAGUGUACUCCUGCUAAGUUUAAGCUGUGGUUGUCACAUUUUACGAACAAUGCUCAUUUCUGGCACAUAUUUGCUUCUUGAAGGCCGGAUAUAUGCCCAUUCAUUACAGCAGUAUUGUCAUAACAUUCUGACCGAAAGUCAGCUAGAGGUAUGUUAUCAGAUUCCAGUUUCUCUACGAUAACUCUUUCAAGGCUUGUUGCGUCUUUGGAAUGUAUCUGAACAAAACCUAAAAAUGAUUCUUUGAUGGUUACUUUUUUAGUUUGAAAAUCCACAUCCCCAAAUCUGAUGACUUGAGAAAGCUGUUCCCGGUGUCCUAGAUCGGGUGUUGAAUUAACUAACAUACCGUAGUACUUGUUUUUUCUGAUUUCACUCAACAGCUGAUUCCUUACAGUCGAUGCAAGUAGGUGGAUAAAUUCAUUUUGAAUUUCCGGUGAUAAAUAAGAUACUGAACCUGUAUUUUCUCGGGCAUGUUGUAGGUGUUUUUCUAAUAGUGGAUCAUACUGAGCAAAGAGUUUGAUCACAGAGAGAAAGUUUCCAACAUUUUUAUGCUCGUCCUCAUGCAUAUGUUCCUCAUGGCCACGCAGUGCCUAAUUUUGUGAAACUAGAAACUUAAUACAGGUAAGUAUUCUUUUCAAAAUAUCGCGCCAACGUUGUUUUUCAAAUUGAAUUUGAGCUUGGACCUGAACAUCAAUUCCAGUUUUAUCAAGUAUCCUCCACUCGGCUUCCUUCCAUGUAAUAAAAGCUCUGCGGUGGCCGAGACUAUUUUCAUGAGACUGUAGUUUUUCUGGCUUUCUCCAUUUGUUGAAAUCAAUGGUUAACUCAAAUGAAGAUCGUGAGUUUGAACUUGAUGAUGUAAACAAUAGACAGCAGAAACAGUAAGCAGCUUUAUUCAUUGGUGAAUAUAAUAGCCACGAUCGAUUUACUAACAUCGAAUAUAGCGUCUGGGAAAAGGAUGUGAGAUACUGUUUUAUACUGGUGGAAGUGAGAGAAAGCUACAGAUUAUAUUCAACGAGACGAAUAGUUGUUAUCUAAUCUUUCUCUUUUAAACUUAUGUGAAGAAUUAUUCUAUCUUCCUUGCACUCACGUAAAAUCCUAUAUUCGACUCGAAAUUAUACAACAUAUAUAAUUGUUAAAACCAGAUGCCACUUUCAGUAUAUAAAGAAUAAUAUUUGAACCCGAACUGAUCUUUGUUUUAAAAAAAAACGCCAUCAGCAACCCUACAUUGUGGAUGUGUCAUUUGUUUAUGAGUAGAAUGGCGCCCCUUAAUGCUCAAUGGGGGCGCAUAAAUCAUUCUUACCAACUGGUUUGUAAUGAAGAUAUUUGUGGAGCUCCGAAAUUCAAUCUUGCAAACGUAAUUGGCAUACAUUAGUUUACAUCAAAAUAAAAUUAAAUAAUUUGUUUUAAUACUCAUUUUGGCGCCCCCAAACGUGGCGCCCGGGGACAUAUAUCCCCCCUGCCCCCCUAGCUACGCCACUGCUGUUGGUUUGUGGUAAAUUCUAUUCAGGGAUCAAGUCCAAAUAUGCGGGAGGGGAACUCACCCAACACCCAAAAUAAACCCGCCACCCCCCCCCGCAUAUUUGGACUUGAUCCCUGAAUAGAAUUUACCACAAACCAACACCCAAAAUAAACCCGCCACCCCCCCCCCCCAAUUUUUAAAGAUAAAUAUGUAUUUAUUUGAAUACAGAGCAACAUUUAUUAUAAAGUGCCGGUUUGCACGUGUUUAACGAAUUGUGUAAAUGUAACACAUGUCAACUACAUAAUAGUGCCACUAACGAGUUGACAAUGUUCAUGUACCGGUACUUCGUCUAGUUCUGACACUAAUUUUGACAAAUGAUUUUUUUCUCCUUGCCCUUCUUAGAAAUGAAAACGGGAGCUAUCCAAUGUUUCAGCUGCAAUUCACAACUUGAUAGUAGUUGCUCGUCUAAUAGUUUGGAUAAAUUCAAGACUACGUGUCCAGAAAAUUCUGUUGGCUGUAGGAAAAUCGUUUUUUUCUGUGAGUUGACCAUAAUUAUUAUUAUUCUCAUUAUUAUUUUUACUGUUAUUAAUAUUAUUAUUAUCAUUCACCAGCAGUUUGUUAAAUUUGUCCUUUUUAAAUACGAACAUAAACAUAUUUUUUUUUACAAGAAGGCUCUGUAAGCUGAUUUAAUAUACGGUAUUUGAUAGUCACAGUAACGUAUUUAUUAGCAAUGGCCCUGAUUUAUGCCCAAAAGUUUCUCAUGCUAACCGUAACCUACGCGGCAAGAUUGAACUCUCGAUAGGUGCUAUGGCAAGUUAGACCACAUAGCUCACAGUUUAGUUUCCUUUUGGUGAAUCUAUCUGACCACUCAAUGGUUCAUCUUCCGCAUUGUUACAAACCAAGUUUUAAAAAAAAAUCUCAUACAAAGACUAUGAAGACUGAAAAGAAUAUGUAAAAUGGAGGCCUAAUCCUAACAAAUUUACAAUAAUUUGGAUCAAUAAAAGAAUCUCACAUUGUACAAAAAAUAAGACUUAAACUUUAUAAAUAGAUAUAAUAGUAAUGAUUACAGGGGCAAUAGCAUGGAUUUUUAAAUGUCAAUAAUUCAGCUCUAUUCACUUAAGAAGCUUUACUUUUAGGUAUAUUUUACUUUUGUUACUCAGUCAUUCGUGGUUUAAAGCGUGGUUUAAUAUAGUGCACCGGCUCCUAAUUGAUCUAUGCUACGCGCAACGUGCCCAUGAUUAUUUUCUGACUUCAACUUCAUCUGGAAAUUUUAACUUCCGGUACAACAUAUAUUUCGAAAUAAGUCGAGUGACGAUCCACAAAACUGUGAUAACCAAGCAAGUACGUAGCGAUAAAACUGCCAGCCAAAUUUAAGUUAUCUAGACUCUAGUUCAGGGAUCUCCAAACUACGGCCCGCGGUGCCAGUUCAUCCGGCCACCGAAGGUACUUGGAUUUGCUUGAUAAAACGUAUGUUUACCCACAGAGAAGGAAAACUUGUUGAAUUUUACCGCUGCUAACCUGAUGCUGAGUUUCUAAACUGAAGAACUUUGCCGCUGAAAUGGCAUCAUUGUUUGGAACAGCUUAUGUCUGUGAGCAAACAUUUUCAAAAUGAAGUAUGUGAAGUCAACACAUCGAACGACAGAGACUGAUAAACAUUUGAAAACAAUUCUCUUGAUUGGAUGCAGCAAUUCCAAACCAAAAAUUAAUGACAUCUUGAAAGCCAAACGUCAGUUUCAUAAAUCUCACUAACUUUUUUUGCUGCUUAGGUUGUGAGAUUCGAAUAUGUGCGCACUGCGUCUGAUGUAACUAUCUCUUUGCUAACGUCACCUUCUUUGAUAACUUUUUAAAAAAAAUAAUAUGUUGGCUGUCUUUGUUUUGUGUUCUAACUCCACUCACCCAUGAUUAGCAUGGAAUACUAAACUUAGUUUUUCGCCUUUUUUCCCAAAGCUUUGGUUCUGGCUUGCAAUUAUUGUACAGAAUGAUUGUCCGGUCCGCGAUCGUCAUUGUGUACGUUAUCCGGACCGCCGAGAAAAAAGUUUGGAGACCCCAGAUCAAUUUCUUUGAGAAAUUACACAAUUUUAGUGAUUUUAAAAUCUAUUUUAUAGAUUUUAUAAAACUAAUGAUUCAUUUCAGCUUUGUAGCGAUGUUAAAAUUGGCAGGUCCUUAUGACUUAAUGUCAUAUUACCAUAGGGCUUGUCUUUGAGCCUAUUUUAUAACUUUUAUAAUACAUUUGUUUAUUUAUGGCAUUCUCAUCAAGUUUUAAAGCAUAUAGAAUAAAACACAAAAGCUGAGAUAGGUGCAAUCAAUAAAUUAAGUUACGUCAAGUGGAAGGAUUUUUACCCACCCCUCCCAAAAAUAUAUACCGGUAUUUUAAAUAGUCACAAUUCUUUUUAAAAAUUAGACUCUUUUAACACAUCGUCCCAAAUUCGUGACCCUUCCUUCCCCACAUCCGGACUUAUGACGUCCUUUAGGAAUGGCCCCACAUCCCGUUUUAUUUCGCUUCAAAAUAUUAUUUUUUUCUUAUGGAAUUUUACGGACCUGUCCCUUGCAGUCAAAUGUUUAUGGACUGUCCGUAAAGUUAGGAACGGGUGGCAAAUCUGACGGGCAUGUAUUAAUUUCAUACUUUAUUAUAUUAAUCAAUCUUUAACUUCUUUAAAUUGGUUCCAUGACUUUAUUUUGUAAGAUAUUUUAUAUUUUUAAUGUAAUCUCAUUUUGAUCAUCAUUUAGACCUGACUGUUCAUGUUUUUAUUUUUGCUGUUUUUAAAAAAAAUCAUUUAGGUGGGUUAAACAUUAUUAAAUUACAACAACUAGUGUUGAUUAUUUAUUUAGUUUAUAAAUGAAAUCUCGCUUUUUCGUGAUUACAUUUUCUAGCGUGAUGCUCAAUCCAAGAAUUAAAUUCCGGUAUAAAUGCUAUGGCUAUGCUGAAUUUUUCCUAUAAUAAUUUUCAGUCAGUGAAAACGCUCAAGUAGACUUAGUGGAGCGCACCGUGCGCCAGUGUGCCAAGACAAAGAAUGAGAACGGGUGCAAGUCAGUGUUUGGUACAAAUGGCAAGCGAUUCAAGACAACUGUCUGCGAAUGUCCAGUUGACUUCUGUAACGUUGGAGCAUCCAUCAAAACCAUGUCACAUUUAUUAUGUGCCUCAGUGCUGGCAACUUUAUUUUUCCUCUACUUUUAACACCCAAGUCAUAAGCAAUUAUAAUUUAGAGUUUUAAAAAGUGUACAUUGACAUUUGCAUUCUAGCUUUUUGCAUAAAGUAUUUAUAUUUUAUCAUUGUUUAUAUAUUUUUUAAUGCUUCUUCUUUCUUAACAAAUGCCAAGUUAGCAGAUCUAAUCAUGACAUUAUUGUUUAAUGUUUCGAGAACUGUUGGCAGGGCCGUGCGAGGAGGGGGCCCAAGGAGACAGCCGCCAGGGACACCAGCAGGUGUGCCUAAAUCGUCAAUAGGCUAUAAUGUAGGCCUGUAUCCACAAGCGUAGGAAGUGGGCAGGGAGGAGGGGCGGCACUUGAUCUAUUUCAUGUGAGUGUGCCAUUUUCGAUCCAUAGCAAACAAUAGAACAAGGAUUCAAACACGCUGCGCAUAAUUUGAGUUCUCCAUUAAAUUGUAGAACUAUUUUUACCACGACGUUGGAACUCUAGCCGACAACUGGCCCAGUAGUCAUCAAAGCGCGUCAUUGAACAGAUUAAUGUCUUUCAAUGACGUCAGGUUGCUUUUUUAAAUGCUGAUUUAGAUUUCCUGCUUCCCCCCCCCCCUCCCCCCAAAACCCACAGACAUCCUAUCCCAAAACUGGAUCAAUUAAGUGCCAGCCCCGACAAUCUGUUAUUUAUGAAAAGCAUUUGCGUGUGUGUGUGUGUAUAUAUAUUUAUAUCUAUGUAUAGUGUUUUUGGAAAGGGCGGUAAACUCAAGGUCCAUCCGUGGCGGCACACUGUGUCUAACUACGCCACAGCCAACAUCAUAUAACAGAAUUCUUGAUUUUAAUGGGGGCUCCAUGUUCAGGCUUCUCACACUGCCCUAGCCGUGGG